AGUUGGACAAAGAAGGCGGAGCAAAGUUGCAUAACAUCAACAAAUUCACAGAAUGGAUCUGAUCAAAAUUACACCUGGCACGUUCGACAAUUCAUCACACCGAGCAAAGUUGACUCGUUGGCCGUUCUCAACAACUUGCUUGGUUUGCAUGUCGACCACGGUAAGUGUCUUCUAGAUGAGUGAUGUGACCGUACAUAAUAACCCAUGGGCGGCGGCGCCUGACCAUGGCUUCUAUCUCCCAAAGUAUAUCUUGAGUAUCUUAUCAGCAGCUCUGGCCACAUGACAAAACUGUCCAACAGAUGCUUCUCACUUAUCAGUUGAACCCUGCAGGCAGUCGACCCAUUCCUCGAUCCCGUCCUUAUUGACUGAUCUUUCAGAUCAAACCUCUGUCUUUAAGCGUGACCUUUCAAUAUACCUCAGAGAAUGACAUCCGCAUUUUUCUAUGGCACGUUGAUGCAUCCAGAAAUAUUGAAACGAGUCAUUGGAAACGACGGCAGUCAACUUCAAAUGUGCCCUGCUCUCUUGCCGGACUACACUAGACACCAGGUCAAGAAUGAGGAUUAUCCUGGUAUCCUGCCGUACUCGCAAAGUCGAGUGAUGUUUGAUCAUGACCUCAAUCCGGAUGAGAAAUCGGUACGAGGUUCUUUGGUGACUGGUCUAUCGGACGAAGAUGUCAAACUCCUUGAUGUCUUUGAAGGCGACCAAUAUACAAGAGAGUUGGUGCCUGUAUACCCACUAGGACCGUUGGUCAACAUAAGGGACAUACCACCGAUUGAGGUGAAGUCUCUGGUGCCCACGACACCUCCUCCGAUCCUUGAAUUGGCGGACCCUGUAGAGGUAAAUACCUACGUAUGGUGCUUUCCCUCUUCAGAACUCCGGGCACAGCUGUGGACAUUUGAAGAAUUUGUGAAGCUUAACGCGUGGAAGUGGAUCGGGUCAAGCGCUACUGACAACAAGUACUUUGACGAAGUGGAUAGAAGAAACGCUAUGGAGGGUGUGUAUAUUGAUGCGAGAAGUUGAAUAAGCUUUCCUCGAAGUUUUAUGUAGUCGGUCAACCCCGCAAUUGAAUUCAAAAGCUCUCACGGUUGCUACUACAAACAAA